AUGGCGCAAGCCUACAAGGACAACCUCGACGGCAUCUUCAACGACCUCAAAUCACGCCACGAUGGCACACGACAAAGCGCCGCUGCGAAGCUCGGCGAGCAGGUCAAUUCCGCCUUCCGUGAGUUGUUGCCUGCCGAGUUCACCCGCUACUACGACGAUAUAAAUCGACGCAUGCACCUGCUCAUCACCAAUGGCGUCGACACACAUGAGCGGACUGGUGGAUUAUAUGCGCUUAACGCUUUGAUCGACUUCAAGGGCGACGACGCUGCUUUGAAAGUGACCAAGUUCAACACGUAUCUACGGAGGACUCUGGAAGGCAAUGAUACUAGUGCUAUGGUUGUCGCUGCGAAGUGCCUGGGCAGGUUGGCGGCACCUGGCGGAGCUUUGACGGCAGAGCUGGUCGAGGCUGAGGUGAAGCAUGCUUUGGAGUGGCUCACCUCGGAGCGGCACGAGAACAGGAGGUUUGCGGCGGUCCUAAUAUUGCGGGAGCUGGCCAGGCACAAUGGAACCUUGCUGUACAAUGCGAUACCACAAAUCCUUCUCAACCUAUGGGAGGGCCUCCGAGACCAGAAGGUGGUGAUCCGAGAGACGUCAGCGGAGACCAUGCGGGAGAUGUUCAAGGUGCUAGCUGCACGAGAUCAGCAGAUCAGGCAAAGCUGCCUAGCUCGGACACUGGAGAAUGCCCAGGACGGCUUCAGGAGGAAUACGGUCGAGACUGUACAUGGAUCACUGCUGGCAUACAAGGAGCUGUUGGUGCAAGGCGGCAUGUUCAUGCACGGUCAAAAGUUUAAGGAGGUCUGUGAACGUGUACUCAUGCAGCAGUACCGCGAGCAUCGUGACGCAACCGUACGGCGGACCGUAGUCGAGAUCAUCCCGAUACUGGCUGCCUACGCUCCUCAACAAUUCUGCCGAGACUACCUAGCUCGCUCUAUGCAGCACUUACAGCUCAUGCUCAAGGAUGUGAGACAGCGAAACAUGGCGUUCGUGGCUAUAGGAAAGAUCGCGCAUGCUGUGGGUUCGCAGAUUGCACCCUACCUGGACACUAUUUUACUGCACAUACGAGAGGCUCUGUCUAUCAAGAAUCGUGGCAAGAAUACAGACGAGGCACCAAUCUUCGAGUGCAUUAGCAUGAUCUCGAUUGCUGUCGGCCAGACACUCAGCAAGUAUAUGGAGGCUCUACUUGAUCCGAUCUUCGCCUGUGGCUUGUCCGACGCUCUGACACAAGCACUCGUUGACAUGGCUCACUAUAUUCCUCCUGUCAAGAGCACAAUACAGGAGAAGCUUCUAGAUCUGCUCAGCCGCACUCUUUGUGGCAGACCUUUCCAGACGCUGGGUCAUCCUACACAGGGCCAGGGUUUGCCACCAAUCUACACCAAGGAUGUUCGAGACCAGCGUGACCCACAGCACCAAGAUCAUAAGGAGCAGGAGAUCGCUCUGGCACUCCACACUCUGGGCUCAUUCGACUUCAGCGGUCACGUUCUCAACGAAUUCGUCCGCGAUGUUGCUAUCCGAUAUGUGGAAGACGACGAUCCGGUCAUUCGUAAAGCUGCGGCAUUGACAUGCUGUCAACUCUUCGUGCGCGAUCCAAUCGUCCAUCAAACUAGUCACCACGCCAUUCAAGUCGUCUCCGAUGUCAUCGAGAAGCUGCUCACAGUCGGCGUGGCCGACCCGCAACCUGACAUCCGCCAGACUGUACUAGUAUCGCUCGAUGCACGAUUUGACAGACAUCUGGCGAAAGCCGAAAACGUUCGAACACUCUUCCUCGCGCUGAACGACGAACGCUUCCCCAUCCGAGAAGCCGCAAUGACAAUCAUAGGACGAUUGACAGCCGUCAACCCUGCCUACGUUUUCCCAUCCUUGCGAAAAGUGCUCAUCCAGUUGCUCACCGAGAUCGAGUACAGCAAUAAUCCGAACAACAAACGCGAAUCAGCACAGCUGAUCAGUCAUCUCGUCGGCGCCAGCAGUAAGCUGAUCAAGCCGUAUGUCGAUCCGAUGGUCACCGUCCUUCUCCCAAAAGCAGAAGAUGGAAAUGCGGAUGUCGCGGCCACCACACUUCGAGCACUCGGUGAUCUCGCAACUGUUGGUGGUGACGAGAUGAUGAAGUACAUUCCGGAGCUUAUGGAUAUUAUCAUUCGCAGCUUACAGGAUCUGACUUCGGACAAGAAGCGUGAAGCAGCACUCUGCACACUCGGACAGCUGGCUAGCAACAGCGGAUAUGUCAUCGACCCAUACAUUGACCACCCGCAGUUGCUCAACAUUCUUGUCGGCAUCGUUAGGAACGAGCCACCUGGAGAGUUGAGGCGCGAGACUAUUCGUCUCAUGGGUAUCCUGGGUGCGCUAGACCCGUACAAGCAUCAGCAGGUCAUCGAAGAAUCACCUGAGUCGAAUCUACGAGCAGAAGCUGAAGCCGAGUCGGAUGUGACGCUCAUCAUGAAGGGCGUCACACCAAGCAACGAAGAGUACUAUCCAACCGUGGUUAUCAACACGCUCAUGAGUAUGCUUAAGGAGGAUACACUGAAGCAAUACCAUUCCGCGGUCGUGGAAGCCGUCAUGAACAUCUACGCAACCAUGGGCAUGAAAUGCGUGCCUUUCCUCAAUACUGUCGUCCCAGGCAUUGUAAGUGUACUGGGUGAAGCACAAUCCGAAGAUAGACUUGAGGGCUACUUCAAUCAGCUUAGUCUCCUGGUCAAGAUUGUCCGACAGCAUAUUCGACCACAUCUGCACGUUAUCAUCCAGGCAAUUUCCGACUUCUGGAGCAAAAGUGUCAGAUUACAAGCCACCAUGCUCGGACUCAUCGAGAGUGUAGCAAGGAGCUUGGAAGGCGAAUUCAAGGUCUACUUGGCUGGUGUCCUUCCUCUCAUGCUCGGCGUGCUUGACGCGGAUCCUAAGAGUGAUGCGAGUAAAGCCGCCUGUCAGCGAGUCCUGCAUGCUUUCCUUGUGUUUGGAAGCAGUGCUGAAGAAUACAUGCAUUUGAUCAUACCGGUCAUCGUGCGCAUGUUCGAUACGGAUCGCAUGCGGCCACGAGAGGUUCGCAAAGCCGCUAUCGAGACGAUCGGGAGGAUGAGCAAGCAAGUCAAUAUCUCUGAAUUUGCGGCCAAGAUUAUACAUCCGCUGUCGAGAGUCCUCAUGUCGAGCGAGACUGGGCUGAAGCAGACGGCUAUGGAGACGCUAUGUGCGUUGGUGUUCCAGCUUGGUCCGGAUUAUUUGCACUUUGUACCGACUAUUGACAAGAUCUUGGUUCAGCAUAAGAUUCAGUACGCUGCUUACACACUCAUCGUCAAUAAGCUUAAGAAGAACGAGCCGCUGCCGCAGGACUUGAGUCCGGAGCAGCAUUAUGGCGACGACGAUGACGACGGCUUCACGGCUGACAUUGCAACGAAGAAGCUCGCUGUCAAUCAGCAACAUCUCAAGAAUGCUUGGGAGGCGAGUCAGAAGUCGACGAAGGAGGAUUGGCAAGAGUGGAUGCGAAGGUUUUCCGUCGAGCUGCUCAAGGAGUCCCCUCAGCAAGCGCUCAGGGCUUGCACGCCGCUUGCUAGUAUAUACCCCCCUCUGGCACGAGCACUCUUCAAUAGUGCUUUCGUCAGCUGCUGGACCGAGCUCUACGACCAAUAUCAGGAGGAGCUUGUGCGAUCGCUCGAAGUUGCUCUGACCUCGCCACAGAUCCCGCCUGAGAUUCUGCAGAUCUUGCUCAAUCUCGCCGAAUUCAUGGAGCAUGAUGACAAGGCGCUGCCGAUAGAUGUGCGGACCUUGGGCAUGUAUGCAGCGAAAUGCCAUGCUUUUGCCAAGGCUCUCCAUUACAAGGAGCUGGAAUUCAACGCGGAGCAGAAUGCCAGUGCGGUGGAGGCACUCAUCAGUAUCAAUAAUCAGCUUCAGCAGACUGAUGCUGCUUUUGGUAUUCUCCGGAAAGCGCAAGGCUUCAAUGAGGUCGAUCUCAAGGAGACCUGGUUCGAGAAACUACAGAGGUGGGAGGAAGCGCUUCUUGCUUAUCAAAAGCGAGAAGCUCUUGAGGCGCCGAAUCCGGGCUUUGAGGUGAUUAUGGGUAAGAUGAGGUGUUUGCAUGCUCUUGGCGAGUGGGACACCUUGUCUUCGAUCGCGCAGGACAGGUGGCUCAAUGCUUCCGCCGACCACCGCAAAGCUAUUGCUCCCUUGGCUGCGGCUGCUGCGUGGGGGAUGGGACAGUGGGAGGUUAUGGAUACGUACUUGAAUGUUAUGAAGCCUGCUUCGCCGGAUCGGUCGUUUUUUGGAGCUAUAUUGUCGAUUCAUCGGAAUCAGUUCGACGAGGCUCACAGCCAUAUCACCAAGGCUCGGGAAGGUCUGGACACGGAGCUCAGUGCACUUCUCGGCGAGUCGUACACACGAGCUUAUGGUGUCAUUGUUCGCGUACAGAUGUUGGCGGAGCUCGAGGAGAUCAUCACGUAUAAGCAGCACUCCAACGAUCCUGACAAGCAGGAGCGGAUGCGCGAGACCUGGACCAAACGAUUGAAGGGAUGCCAACGCAAUGUCGAAGUCUGGCAGCGCAUGAUGAAAGUCCGUGCUCUGGUCAUCACGCCUCAAGAGAACACGGAGAUGUAUAUCAAGUUCGCAUCCAUCUGCCGCAAAGCACAGCGCAAUGGGCUAGCGGAGAAGAGUCUGAACUCUCUGCUUGGUGGACAGGGUAGUAUCAUGUCUGCGCAAAGCAUUGGCAAAAUUCACUCGGCCCCUUACCCGGUGCAAUAUGCUAUCUACAAAUUCUUGUGGAGCAACGGGCAUCAUAACGCUGCUUUGAGCUCGUUGAAGGACUUUACCGUUAGGUUGAGGAGCGACUACGAAAACAGGAGUUCGGCGCUGUCUGCAGGCACGACUAAUGGCAACCAUGCCAUGCUGAAUGGUGUCAACGGAAUGAACGGUGUGCAUAGCGCGCAGGCACCUUUUGGACCGGCACAUCCCCCUGUCUCUGCAAAAGAGAAGGCGGAGCUGGAUGAGUGGAAGAUGCUGCUUGCUCGAUGCUAUCUCAAGCAAGGUGAUUGGCAGAUCAAGCAACAUGACGGCGAUUGGGAGUCGGAUCACGUCCAAGAUGUGCUGCAGUCGUACAACAUGGCUACUCGGUAUAACGAGAACUGGUACAAAGCCUGGCAUGCAUGGGCCCUCGCCAAUUUCGAAGUCGUCACUUCGAUGGCAUCGAGCGCAGAUCGGGAGUCAGCUGAUGUGCCACGGGAGAUUGUGAACGACCAUGUCGUACCUGCUAUCAAAGGCUUCGUCAAGUCAAUAGCAUUGUCUUCGUCGAGCUCAUUACAGGAUACACUACGACUACUUACACUAUGGUUUGCUCACGGCAAGCACCAAGAAGUCACACACAGUGUCACGCAAGGCAUCACGAGCGUGAGCAUCGACACAUGGCUGGAAGUCAUCCCACAACUCAUCGCCCGUAUCAACCAGCCCAACAAGAUCGUCCGAGACGCCAUCCACAAUCUGCUCAUCGAUGUAGCACGCGCACAUCCACAGGCCCUGGUCUACCCACUCACCGUCUCCAUGAAAUCAGACGGCGGGAACCGUUCCCGCUUCGCCACCCGCAUCAUGGACAAUAUCCGCCAACAUAGCCCUAAGCUCGUCGAACAAGCCGGCCUCGUAAGCCACGAACUUAUCCGCAUCGCUGUCCUCUGGCACGAACAAUGGCAUGAAGGUCUCGAAGAAGCCUCACGUCUUUACUUCGGCGACCACAACAUCCAAGGUAUGCUUGCCACGCUCGAGCCACUGCAUGAGAUGCUGCGCAAAGGACCCGAGACUCUGCGCGAGAUAUCAUUCAUUCAGAGUUUCGGCCGUGACCUUUCCGAGGCCAGGGAUUGGUGCGAGGCGUAUAAGACUACGCAGGAGAUUGGGGAUCUGAAUCAAGCGUGGGAUCUGUACUAUGGUGUUUUCAAGCGCAUUGCAAGACAGUUGCCACAACUGAUGACUCUGGAGCUGCAAUAUGUCUCGCCUGAGCUGAAGAACGCCCAUGAUUUGGAUCUGGCUGUGCCCGGGACCUAUGUCAGUGGGAAGCCGGUCAUUUGUAUCCAGGCGUUUGACCCUGUGGCGACCGUCAUCUCGUCGAAGCAAAGGCCGAGAAAGCUGUCGCUGCGGGGUAGUGAUGGGCUACGGUGGGUGUACAUUGUCAAGGGUCAUGAGGAUAUCAGGCAGGACGAGAGGGUGAUGCAGUUCUUCGGCUUGGUCAACACACUCCUGGCGACCGAUCCUGAGUGUCUGAAGAGGCACUUGAAUAUUCAGCGCUACGCUGCCAUUCCUCUCUCGACACAGUCUGGUCUACUGGGCUUCGUGCCAAACAGCGACACUCUGCACGUGCUGAUACGCGAGUACCGAGAAAGUCGCAAGAUCCUACUUAACAUCGAGCACCGCAUCAUGCUGCAAAUGGCACCAGAUUACGACAAUCUCACCCUGAUGCAGAAGGUCGAAGUGUUCGGCUAUGCGCUGGACAACACGACUGGUCAGGACCUGUACCGUGUGCUAUGGCUAAAGAGCAAGAGCUCGGAAGCUUGGCUUGAUCGCCGUACGAACUACACUCGCUCCUUGGCCGUCAUGUCUAUGGUCGGGUAUAUUCUGGGACUAGGAGAUCGACAUCCGUCGAAUUUGAUGCUGGAUCGUGUGACUGGCAAGAUCGUUCACAUCGAUUUUGGCGACUGUUUCGAGGUGGCUAUGCAUCGCGAGAAAUACCCUGAACGAGUGCCGUUCCGCCUAACAAGGAUGUUGACCUUUGCUAUGGAAGUCAGCAACAUCGAGGGGAGCUUCCGCACGACUUCGGAGCAUGUCAUGAGAUUGCUACGAGCCAACAAGGAGUCCUUGAUGGCUGUUCUCGAAGCUUUUGUUCACGACCCGCUGCUGACGUGGCGACUUGGUACUCGCGAAUCGCCACCAGAACCGUCUUUCCCAUCGGAACGCCGCAGCUCUAUCAUGGUCGCGAACGGUCCGACAGAAGGUCGUCGAGCAAGCGUUAUGGGUGGCGAUCCCAACGCACCGUCAGAACGCCCAGGCAGCUCCUACCGUCCUCGCAACAGGACGAGCGUGGCAGCCAUGAACGGCAACAUUGACCCUGUCGAGAAAGAGGUGCAGAAUGCAAGGGCUCUGCAGGUUCUCAGUCGUGUGAAGGAGAAACUGACAGGCCGUGAUUUCAAGAAGACGGUGGAGUUGCAGGUGGAAGAGCAAGUGGAGAAAUUGCUCAGCGAGGCCACCAAUCUGGAAAAUUUGUGCCAACAUUAUAUCGGGUGGUGUUCUUUCUGGUGA